AUGCAGGUCAAGAGCAGAGCCAAGCCUGCAAAAAAAGUCAAAGAUGGAAACACGGAGAAGACCCCAGCCUAUGAGCCAAAUAUACCUGAACCCAAAUGCAGAGCUGAUCUAAUCAAACACUGGCUCAACAUUUCCCUGGAUGACAAGACAGCCAAUAAGAUGCUGUGGAUCACAGAGGGCGGUGUAAAAGUGGCCCGAAUGACUGAUGACAUCACUUGUCCUGUCUUGGAUAGACCAGAGAGAUAUGAGUAUGCUCCACAGGUCCUCUGCAAUGAAGGCAUCCUGGGCUUCCGAGGCUACUGGGAGGUGGAGUUUUCAGGAUGGGUUGUAGUCGGAGUCGCGUAUGAAAGAGCAGGAAGGAGGAACAGUGACGGAUCCUGUGGCCUGGGAGAGAACGAGGAGUCCUGGGGUCUCGGCUGGAGUGGUUCCAGCUAUUACGCCUGGCACAAAGGCAACAGUGUAGAGAUCAAGGAGAUCCCUCAGUGCUCUAUAAUUGGUGUAUACCUUGACCAGCCUGCUGGUAUCCUUAAUUUCUAUGCUGUGGAGGAAGUGAAGGAUGGAGAGGAGGGUGCAGGAGGGAAGGAAGUUAAACUUUUGCAGCAAGUUAGGAGCUCCUUUAAGGAGAAAAUGAUACCAGGUUUCUGGAUGGGGACACAGUCUAACUGUUUGAUUGUAAAGAAAGAGGAAACUGUAUCUACAAGUCAGUGA